UCACCACAGCACGUUUAGGCUAGAGCAGCAAAAGCAAAACCUGGGACGGGUCCGCCCGGAGAAGUCGCGACACGCCGGCCGCCGGGGGGGCCUUACACCUGGAGGCACCGCCACGCCGCGCCCCUCGGGGUGCCGCGGCCCGGGGGGCUGCGGACCUUUCCCGGGGCUCCCUCCACUUCCCUCCGGCUUAUUUGUUUUGCAAACGUCCGUGGGAGGAGGAGGGAGAGGGCUGGGGGAAGUGCGGUCUGGUUGGGGGCGACCUGCCGGCCCCCGCCGGGCAGGAAGGGUUGCCCGUACCCCUGGCCUGCAGCAGUGCCGCGCAGCAGCCGCCCCCGGAGGGCUGGUGGGCGCUGUCCCCGCACCCGGGCCAGAUCCGCGGCGACUCCCUGGGGCCGCGGGGUGAGCGGGGCGGGUUGUGGGCAGCGCCCUCCUCCCCGGCAGCGGCUGAAGGAAGGGGCCGGGCAAGGCAUCCACCUGGCGGCACCUGCCCCUUCUCCGCCGCUCCCCCCGCCGGAUAACUCCUCCCCGGCCGCAGCGGCUGCUCCCGGCUCGGUCCGCCGCGUCCCGUCCCGGCUCCGCUCCGCUCUGACAGGGGCAGCCCCAGAGAACAAGGAACAAAAAUACUUUCCUGUGAGUUGUUACUUGUCCUCUAAGUCUGGGCAGAACGGCGCUUCCCAACUCUGCUAUGAAGAGCUGAGUAAGAAUGGAUGCGACAUAAAGCAGAAGUCCUGAAGCCUUAGUCACCAAUCUGAUGGACUUAUUGUUCAUGCUUUACUUCCAAACACUUGAAUUGAUUUGGUACUGCUGACAAAGGAAAGAUGACCUCUACUGUAGGUCCAUCGCCAUACUAUGAAAAUUGUGGCUUUCAGCCAGAAAACAUCUAUUCUACCAGGCAGCCAGAAGGUGCUAACCCGUGUCCACCAUACUUCUCAACAAAUGCUCUGUCAGUGCCAAGCUAUGACCCAAGGAUUGCUACCUAUCAGCCAAGUACGCCAGUAGCACGUUCAUCCGGGAGAACGUGUGCACCAAGUGUAAAGAAAACCAUAAUCAUUAUAUUAUCCAUUUUACUAGUCGCUUGUUGUGCAAUUGCUGCUUUCUUCAUCUGGUAUUUUGUAGAGAAUCGUUGUUUCGGCUCCUUAAUAGAGUGUGGAUCUUCAGGAGCGUGCAUAUCGCCCUCGCAGUGGUGUGAUGGAGUGAGCCACUGCCCCAACGGGGAGGAUGAAAUCCGGUGUGUUAGACUUUUCGGACCAAACUUUAUGCUGGAAGUUUAUUCACCAGUCAGCAAAUCCUGGUAUCCUGUUUGUCAAGAUGGCUGGAAUGACGAUUAUGGGAAGACUGCAUGUAAAGACAUGGGCUACAGUGUAGAUACGUAUUACUAUAGUCAAGGAGUAGCAACUGAAGUCGGCUUUAAAAGCUACAUGAAGCUGAACACAAGUGCUGGGAAUAUAGACUUGUACAAAAAGCUGUAUAGCAGUGAUUCCUGUGCAUCAGGAAAUGUAGUUUCUCUGCGCUGCAUAGAGUGCGGCACGUCCACUAAAAGCGUGAACAUUAUGAGCAGAAUCGUGGGCGGCAGCGGGGCGGUGCCGGGGCAGUGGCCGUGGCAGGUCAGCCUCCACGUGCAGGGCACCCAUGUCUGUGGGGGCUCCAUCAUCACCCGCCAGUGGAUAGUGACGGCGGCACACUGCGUGGAAGGACGAUUUUCUGAUCCGUACAGCUGGAGGGUUUAUGCUGGGAUUCUGAACCAGAAUGAGAUGCUUUUACGAAAUGGGUACAGAGUGCAACAGAUAAUUUCCCAUCCGGAUUAUGAUGCAGAUUCUAAAGACAAUGAUGUUGCCCUUAUGAAGUUAGAGACACCGCUGAGUUUUACUGAUACUGUACGGCCAGUUUGUCUGCCCAACCCAGGAAUGAUGUUCCAGCCUAAUCAGCAGUGCUGGAUAUCUGGAUGGGGAGCAGAGUACCAAGGAGGUACAACAUCAAAUAACUUGAAUUAUGUUAUGGUGCCCUUAAUAGAACAUUCCAGGUGUAAUUCUAUCUAUAUCUAUAAUGGCAUGAUUUUGCCUACAAUGAUCUGUGCCGGAUAUCUAGGAGGAGGAAUUGAUUCCUGUCAGGGUGAUAGUGGAGGUCCUCUAGUAACUAACAAAAGCUCUGUGUGGUGGCUGGUUGGAGAUACCAGCUGGGGAACUGGCUGUGCUAGUCCCAAUAGACCUGGAGUGUAUGGGAAUAUGACCGUGUUUACAGACUGGAUUUAUAAAAAUAUGCAGGCAUACAGAUGACAACACUGUCUGCCACUGCUGAUCGAUGUUUCUGAGAACAAGAAUAAAUGAAGCCAUGGGUGCCUGGGAUAUUUAUUCACUUUGCAAAUGAUUUGUUUUUUUCUUUUUGAAUUUUCUUUUUAAAAAUAACAUGAAGGAUUGCACACUCGGUUCUGUGCUGGCUACAGUGACUGAUCUUAAUCAGUGAAGGAUUAUCACAAUGAGCACCUUUCUUCUUGUUGUGGUGCCUGGCAGAAAGUCAUUCUGUCAACUGCUUGCUGACAUGUCUCUCUCUAGUUGAGUAACUUUCACUUGAUAAUCAGGUACAUGCUUAUAAUGACAAUUUUAAUCACAAUUUGAUUUCAGAUUUUCGUAGCAGGAUGCUGAGACAGUUGGUUUGGUAGUGUUUUAAAUGAAAUGUUAAGUAAUGUGAAUGUUGAAUCUCUGAGCUGCUGGUUGGCAAUUUAAAAAGAAAUGAAUGUUUUUGGGUAUAUAUGAAGGGAAGUUUUCAUGCACUACAGUAGAGGCACAGAAAAAAAUUACUGUAUAUUCAGGUAGUUAAAAAAUCCUCAGGAUCAUGACACAGUAGUCAUCCAAGUCAGAUUGUUCGAAGUGAGACCAGUCUGACAAUCUCAGUAAUUAAAAGUGCUGUUCUGCCUUAAGCUGCUCUGAACCCAAAAAGGACGAGACCUGCCGUCACUCUCGAUGUCGGCUGCGGAGAGGGGUGCUCUGGAGCUAUAGCAGGAAGCGGUGAGUUACGUGUCCUGAUGGCGAGGUCCCUGGCUGCGCACAUCCAGGUUGACUCUUGAACUCUCCCUGCUAUGAAAGGCGAAGCGCAAAGUUUUGCAGUAAGGCUGUGUUGCAAGCGAUAGACCUCUGAUUGCAGACAGAUGUACAGAGGCUGGAUGUUUUAUACAAAGAAAUGCAAAUCUGCGUUUCUGUGUAACCAGAUGAACUACCUCAUUUAUUAAAUUUGGCUUUUAGUUCCUUUUAGAGCUCUCCUUUGUGUAUCUGGAUGUAUGUUUUUAGCAAAAUGUAAUUAAUAUCAGAGUGCCAACUCAACUAGGAUUUUGAAAAUAAUUUAUAAUCAUAGUACAGAGGAUCAAAAAGCCAUACCAAGUCACUUUUGUUAAGAAGGAUAAAUCUUUUGAAUUAAAUGAUUCUACUAGGCUUGUUUUCUCCUUUGGUACUGAAAUGCAAGUAUCUUGCAUGUAAACACUGCACCAAAUAAAUACUUUUUUUUUUUUUUUUUUACAAAUAGUUUUCCUUAGUAGUGGUUUAUAUCUGUUUGCUUGGAUUUUUUUGGAAGUGGUUGCUGGAUUCAGUGUCUGAAGUGCUUUGAGAAUCUAAUUUAAAAGAAAAAAAAGUCAAAAGAAAAACAACACAGGAGGGUGAUCCAAGAGAUUGUGUUAAUUCCAGUAUUUCAGGUCCUUGAACAAACCCAGGGAAGGAGGUCUGGGUGUUCAGGACUGUUGGAUGUCUUUAGUGGCUGGUUCUGAUGAAAUCAGACUGACUUGUGAAAUUGAAAUAAAUAAAGAAGUUUAGUCAAAAGGCAGUGGGUGGAGGGAGUCGCACUUUAUUUUGUUAUUACAUCUCAUGCUGCCUGAAGUAAUGUGUACCUGCGCCUCUUCUCUAGGUGUGAGACAGCGUGUUUUCAAUAGCACAUGAGCAUCAAGUGUGCCUUGGAGGAUACUAUGAAGUAGUCAACAAGCUUAAAGUACUUUCAAAAUAGAAAUUAAAUAAAUAAAGUUGUUAUGGUAUCAGGUAUUUUUUAUGGCUUCUGACCUGCAGCACUGUAAGUCAAUAAUAGCAAAACAGCACACUGAAAUGUGGAAAACUGGCUGUAGCACUAAACAGGGUUAAGCAAGCUGUGUGCUGUACUGGGGUGAGCGCUGUGCCACAGAAGUCCAGUAUCUGCUGCUGCAGUUUCAUGUCAGAGGGUCAAACACCUCCUAUCAUUUCUAGCCUGAAGGGAAGGCUUCUCUUGUAAGCAUCUUGGAAAUUACUAGAUGUCACACUGGUACAAAUACUUUUUUUUUUUUUUUUUUUAGCUGAAUGCAGACAUUACUCUUGCUACUAAGCACAGCUUUGCCUGUUAAAAUAAAUCCUCCAUAUGAAAGAUGUCAUGAAUACAGCGUGCAGUAUUACAUUUUGCACUGGCUUCCAUGAAAUGAAAGAGCUUUUGGAAAGGUUCUCCUUGCCCUGGGGAGGGGAAGGAGAAAGGCAGCAAGCCACAUGCUGAGGCACCCUUCUAAUGUUUAAUAUCCUGACUGAUGUAAUCCCUUUUGGACACCCAAAUCCUGCCAUCUAGUGAAUGGCCAGUCAGCCUCAAAAUUGCAGGCGAUGCUCCAGGAAUCCCAAAGAAAGAGCCUUUUAGGCUUUCUUUACAAACCAGAGAACAAGACCCAAUGGCAUCUUGUGGAUGUACUGACCAGAUGAAGUUAAAUUUCUUUUCCCUCUAGCCUGGAACUGUUUCAUGCCCUCUGUGUGCACCCUCUCUACCUACUGGGAUGGGACUUACCAGCGGCAACACCUUGCACAGUCAUCUUUCAGGCAAUGGCAGGAAAGAUGACAAAAAAGGCAAAACCACAAAGGGAAGUGGGUGAUUGCUAGGGUUGUGCAGUAAGCUUCAGUUAGAUAAUUUGAUUUCUACCAUUUGUGGGUUAUACAGCUGAAAGCCUCCAUCCUCAUUUAAAAAAAACAAAAACAAAACAAAAACCCACAAAACACAACCCUCAGAGCUCUAGCUUUUUAAUGAUUAUUUCAAUGAUUGUACAGACUUCAUAAAGCAAAUUAUUAAAAAUGGGAUAACACUUAUUGAAUCACUACUACCCAAGUGGAGCACUUUACAAUAAGGCAGGUAUUUGUAUACAGCUGGUUAUGGAAAAUAAAGCAGAACUGAACACUAGCAAUGAAUAUUAAAGGUCUGUGCUGACACUACAUUUUUCGGGGAUUUUACAAAGUUCUUCAAUGAUGCAAGAAAACAAGAGUAGAAGAAUACUUCUGAAAAAUCAAGAAAUCUACGGUGAGGUGAAAUCUCUCAGGUAUUGGCACGCCUUGGUGAGACGAUUAACUCUUUGAGUGAGGUAGCUCCUAUGUUUAGCAGCUUCACUGUCCUCCUGAAGGAAAUGGCUUAACCUGUCUUUUUCUUGCAAAAGAUACAACAUUGUGGUCUGCAAGUCAUCCCCGAAGUCAUGAAGAGCAUAAGACAGGAUGAUCAGAGGUAUCUGAUUGGAGAGGCGUUUGCUUGCUCCCUGCAAGAAGAGGAAAAAAAGGCAGAAGACUUAUUUCCCCAAAAGAACUAAAAAAGGAAGGGGCUAUAGGUAAUCUGGUAAGAAGUGACAGAACAUUUUUAAAAUGUAUUGAGUUACUGUUCAAGAAGUGAGUGCUUCUAGGAACUCAAAAAUGUUUGCCACUAGUCUCCUUUGUGCCGAAAGGUCUAAAAAUUAAGAGUUAUGGGAAUGUCAGCUAUUGCUUUUUUUCCACCAGCAAACUAAGCCCAAGGCAGGCUGUUCCGUGCUUAGCUCUGCCAGCUAUCAUUGGUAAGAGUUAUGCAAGAACAAACCUGAUGAAUGGUACUUGUGAACAAUUUCUGGUGUCAAACUUACUUGUCUUCUCUGAACACUACCAAUCUGUUACGGUACAGGAAAUCAAACCGUGAUUUUUCCCAAAGGUAGUAAAUUCCUGUAUUUAGAUGGUAAUCUAACAACGUGGUUGUCGCUUCAGGUGUAAGACAGCUUUGGAGUAAGCUUAAGGGAAAAUGCCUUCAGCAAUAGUGAGACUAGGCUGUGCCUACAUUACAUCUAUUGAUAUCUCAGUGAGAGAAUUUUCUCCUUAACUUAACUAUGGUCUUAGUUAUCUGUGCAAACUGAAACAGAUUGACCUAGAAGAGCUUGUUGGGGCCCUUUCCCUGGAGAUAUCUGCAAGGCUUAGGGGCUUAGCUGGUGCUCUUCGGUGACAGGAGGUUUGAAACCUCCCCAGUGCUGGGAGGGAGCUGCCUCCAGCACUCGUGGUGCCAGGUGAGCACUUAUGCCUGAGAGGCUGGCUGCAGUUGAGAGGUGCUGUCUUCCUUUCUUUUUGUGGCACCCGACUUGAAAAGGGCAGUGGGGAGACCAGCUAGAGGCACAUUUGCUUUGUGGGAUCUAUAGGGUUUAAGCAGCCCAUUUCCAGAGAAGUCUUAAGGCGUUUGUGGCUUUAGUACCUCUGGAGCUCAGUGGCAGCAAAUCUGUGAAGUACAAGAGCUCAAGAUAAAAAAUACCUAAGACUAGAUGUUUAGUUUUUCUUUCUGGUUUGCAGAGAUCUAGUCAAUAGCAAGCAAUUCGGCUGAGUCAGCUCAAGCACUUACUGAGCCUACUUGUUCUGUAGGCACUACUGAGUGUGGUGGGAGGGAGCUUAGGUGCUUUAAAUAUGGGUGCUUUUCUGGAGCCAAACUCAACCCAGAAUCCUGACAGUUCUGCCAUGGGUGGCAUGGAUUCAUGCAUGCCAUUUUCAAGGGCCAUGGAUGCUUAAGAGCUUCCAUCUCAUUCAAGUCCUGUGGAGACUUGCGUAUAUGAUGCCCUGGUGUUUCUUAUUGCUGAACGUGGCACUUGGGGCAUUUACAAAAAUGUAUAAUUUAGCAUCUAAGACAGUUGUGUUAUAUCAGGCAGUAGAAUGAGAUGGGAGGGAGGAGCUUAUGCAUUUCUGCCUUUGUCUCCUGCUCUGAUUUCUCUCCAUCAGCCUGAGCAGUCUGAACAUCUAAGUGCAGGAAUUUUUCAAAACCUUCCUAUUGAAAUGCAAGGUGAGCUGCUACCCACCUUACUGCAUUAUAAAUAUUGAAUUUGCUGAUUUCUGAGGGAGUUUUACAUAACAAAGAUCAAAAGCAAAUCCUGAUACUGCAUGUUCUCUUUGCUGUCUGUCUUUAAUGUGAUCCUUUGUUAAAACAUCCUGUUUGUCUUCAGAGACUUAACUGCUAUGGGGCUAUCUGCAAUACAGCAUAUGCAUUCUGAUCUCUAUAGAUAGCUGAAUCCAUUGUAACGUAAUGCUUUAUUUAUUGCUUCUCCUGCCGCAUUAGUUUAGGAUCUGACUGCAAGCCACUGACCCCACGUUCUGCUGCCAGCAGGAAUACGGAGAGGGGCUUGGGGCUGACCUGAGCUCUCAGAUGCUGUGCCAGACACGGAAGUGCUGUAUGUAACAUUGUUAAGCUUGUGGAAACUAGUGCUGUUUGAAAACCAUGAGAUGAACUUGCUGUGGGGAAAGCAAUCCUAGGACUGUUGCUUCCUUUGGUGGAGAGGGGGGCUUGCCAUCAACUGAAUAUCAGUAACUUCUAAUUACAAGGCCAAGGGCUCUUCCCCAUCCUAUCCCUCCUCCAUGCUGGUAAGUGACUGUCCUUUCUUCCCCCUGGCACUUGUCCCCAUAGGAAAUCCAGCACGAGGGCGUUGUACUGGCCUGGGGCUGUAUAGGCAGCGGGGAGUCGCCCUCUUCUCCAUGAAAGCUGGAGGAGGGUGAGAAGAGGACUCACUUGCCAAUGGUGUGUUCUCUGAGCGAGGGGCAGCCGCAGCAGGGAGCCAUACCAGGCUGGGGGUAGCUAACAAGUGGUUUAGGAGGCAGCUGUCAUUUUAGCAGCCUGCAGGCUUUUCUAAUCACCAGAUCUCGCAGCGUGCAACUGCUUCUCCACAGUGGCUGUGCUGACACAGCCCAUCAGACCAGCUUUGUUCUGCCAUUUUCAGCACUGGUCAAACGCUCCGAUUAAUUUGUAUAGAAGCUGUGUGUGUACCUGGGCAAGACACUUAUACCCUCUGGCUACUAAUGCCUGCAUAGUAGUAGUAUUGCAUGAAAGACUCAUAUUGACUACAGCGAGAUCUGCAUGAGGGGUAUAUGCUAUACCAUUCAGAACAGAAGAACUGCUGUAUCAUAGUCUGUAAACUCACAUUCAUAUAGGCCUUCGUGUGAGAAACCAUUUCCCGGACAAAGGAGGACUCUUGAUUGACAGCAGAUCCAAUCUGCAACUCUUUCCCCUUGUCAACUUUGGUAAUCUUUUCUAAAUUAACAGAGUUUAAAUCGUUAAUGUAAAGGUCAUCCUGGCAGUAUAUGAUUCUCUCCAUUUUAAACUGGGUCCGGAUGUGUCUUUCAGCAUCUGCUGCUUGUUUCUCUCUAAUGUCUUCAAUUUUGGUCUAGGAAAGAAAAGAACAACAAGUUCUCAGACAUUUGCUUCCUUUGCAAAGGUGCUGGUGCUUAGCAGUGUCCCCAGGGAACAACAAAGUGGACACAGUGUUCAACAGUCCCUGUUGCAGCACUGUCUAAUCCCAGACUGGCUCUUGGGAACAUGGAAUAAUGCUUUAUAGAUUCUGGUUCCUCUGCUGUGAAAAGGCAGGAAAAUGUGGCGGUUUUGUCCCCUCCUUAAACACAAGUGGGAUCAGUCAAAACCUGGUGCUUGGACUCAAGGUUGAUGGGAAUAAGCAGCAAUGGCCUGCAGCCUGUCCUCGGUUUUUGCAUGCCUUCUGUUUGUGUCUCCCGCUCGCAGUGGGCAGUGACAGCAGGCACUGGUGUGAACUCCAUUGCCCCUCCUGCCCUUCUCAAAAACUGGAGCCUCCUACCUGUUGUUAGCAAACCAACCCUGUUUAACCCCUCACUGUCUGCCGCUUUUAUUGCAGUAAUCUGACGCUUUCUGGCCUUUUUGAUACUUCCACCUAAAAGUCUGUGGGGGCAGCAAAGUUCCCUCAAUCAUCCUCUAAUUCCCUUGAAAUGCUUUCCUAGCAUCCCUAAGACAGCAUCCCAUUUUUUUUCUCAUCUUCAGUGUCUACCAGAACUUCCUGCCUCUUCAUCCUUCUCACCGUGUUAUGACUAAAGAUCCUCCCUAAAGACCUCUGUGUUUGGCUGAAAUAACUUAUUUUCUUGCUGUCUGGUUGGCCUGGAAACUCAGUAGGGUUUGGCCAUGCAAGUCAAAUCCCAAACCAUCUAUGUCACUCACAUUUGCCUUCGAGUUUCCUUUUAAGUAGUACCCUGUGAGUGGACUUUGCUUCCCAGCUGUCCAGCAUUGCUUCUCAUCACUUCCUCAAAGCUCUUUCUGGGAAGAGGCCUUCAAUGACAUCCCUAUCAUUUAACUCCACCCCAAAACAUGCAACCACCCAAAGUGUGAACAGUCAUCUUCUAACUUUCUUAUAGUUAAAUGAUUUUUGGCUUGUCUGCUGCUGCUUCCUUCUAUCAAAGAUGAGAUUCCUGCACUAGCUAACACCCUGGCUUGCCUUUCAGAGAGGGAAAAGCACUGUUUAGCACUCUGAGGCUAUCCAAACGCUUACAAAUCAUUGCAGAACUUAAAUUUGAAAUUAAUUAUAAGCUCUUCAAAGCAGCCAUUACCGGUUUUCUUUGCACUGUGUUGAAUGCAUCAAGAAUGUGACCAGAAUGAACGAGGAAUGUAUAUUUUAGAUCUUGUUAAACUUGUACCGAAACGCAAAAUGCACUUUCAUUAGUGCCGUUAUAACCAUGCUAUCAUUUUCAAGCUCUUCCUUAUUUUAUAAAAACUGUGGCCUGUGAGAAAUAAGGCAUAAGGGCAAUGCAAUGGGAUAGGUACUGAAGGAUAGCUGUAUUUACAAAUGCCAUUUUGUCUUGCUAUUGUCUUAUCUCAGGUUAUAGGUAGUGUCUCACCUUCACAGCUCUGUUUAGAUUGUGAAAAUUAGCAAAAUGUCUUUUAGUGAGUUCCAGAAACUUCUCUUCAACCAGCCCUAAGGGAAGAACAGACAGACAAAAUAAAGUCAGGUAAGCAAGUGAGGUUUUUAAGCUGUUGUUAAUAUGGGACUUGGGAAAACUCAUUUUCUGUAUCCAGAAGUAGCUGAGCAGCUGUACUGAUGCACUAUGCCUUUAUGACCAAUACAAACAAGUAGGAAUUUACAUUUCUAGGUCCAAGAGUGUGAGCCAUUAAAGACCUCCUGUAACCACUUAACACCUGAGAGAUUGAAUAUCACUGAGAUUUCUUUGAUAAAGAAUUUGUGUGCUUACAGCUGUGUCUGACCAGAUAUGCCAUCACUUGGCCACAUAAGCCGAUCUCACCCCCUGAGUGGCCUCCCCAGGAAGAGGGGCUAGCACAUAUAGUACAGAGCACUGAGUCUGGCACAGAUGCUGUAGCUACCUUCUAACGCAAACAUAGGACAGAGAGGAUCACGACAUUCUUUUUUCCUUGGGUGCUUUUUACUGGAUGAACUAUGUACCCUUUCCCCUAGCCCCAGCAGUCACUGUGUAAGACGUAUGAUGUCAUGCAAAGAAUUGGCAAAGAAGCCUGGUUCCCAGUUCAGGUUUGUGAAUGCCACUGCCCAGGCUUGGGAAUACCAAGCUGCUUGGCUGGCACCACGUACUUCUACUAUACUAUUUCUUUACUGUGUUACAGUUAUUUUCUAACUCCCUUUCACCAGCCAAUGGGAAAAGUAUUAACAAAUGCUGGAGACCACGUGUAGAGAUUGGAGGUCCUAGAGAAGAAGCAAGCCCCCAGGUUGAAUCAGAUUCACUUUCCCAUUCUGAAGUAUCUUGGCUGGAGCUCUUGUUUCAGCAGUGAGAAUGUUGGCUUAUUCUGGAAAAAAAAUGGUUAGGCACACCAGUGUCUCCCAUGUGACAGCCUCAUGUGGCCUGAGACACAUACCGAUCACGUUGUUCAGUAUCUCAAUGGCCGGCUCCUCCAGUGCUGUGAUUUGCUCUUUUAUGAUGUCUUCAAAGGUCCUGUAAUUGGUAAAGCCUGGGAACUCCCGUCCACGAUUCUGCUCUUCAUAUUUCCACACUUUACUGGGUACAUUUUUUUUAACUGUAAUAUUAAAAUAACAUUGCUUUACUACUAAAUCAGUUUAUAAAUUUCAGAUUUAAGAAGGAAGUCUAUUUCUCCUCUUUGAAAUGCUCCCGAGAAGAACAACUACUGAGACGAUCUUUCAACCAAUACCGUUACUACAGAAUGGAGCUAACACACGUUAUCGCUCAGUGAAUGAGCCAUCUCGCACACUGGAUCGAGCAUCUAAUUGAUAGAAAGCAAUCUGGAAAUUAUAAUGGGGCUCAAAAAUGCUGGUUCUUCUUGGAAUUGCUACCUUCACAGAAGUGGCCUUUACCAGUCACUUCUGAGUUUUGAAAAACCCAGAACAAAACAAAACCCCAAACUUGCUAAACAGUCUUAUUCCAGGGAAUCUACUUUUGGCUAACUAUUUUUAUUUAAGAUAUCUCAAUCAAGAUUUCUUUGUGGACAUUAUACGAAUUUGCCAUCUUAAAUGAGGUAUAUCCCUUUGAAUUGGUCUAUACUUAAAUGAGGUAUAUCCCUUUGAAUUGGUUUACAUACUCAGGUUUCUAAGUGGUUUGAAAGGUUUUGAUAUUGCCCUGUUUUGAGGUCAAAUUUGCGAAUCAUGAUCAAGUGCACGCAUGGAAGUAGAAAUCAAGCCAUGAACGCAUUCAAUUCUAAAAUUCAGAUAUAUGAGUCCAUGGCUGGAUAACAACAACAACAACAACAAAGAAAAGACAGAAGUAGAUAUGGAGUAUCUGGUUCAGAGUCUGAAAACAUAACUGUACAGUUAAGGUAGUACAAACUGGUAACAUGGCCACAAGAAUAUCUAUCAGCUUUUCAACAGAAAGUUCAAGGCUUCAAGUAUCCAAAGUAUUUGCUAUUUUUAAUACUUUCACUCAUGAUAAGAAAGCUGAAGUUAAACAGAAUCAUGUGGCAUGCAAAGAUGUUGAGUGUAGAGCAGAGUUCAGUCUGUGCGUAUCACCCUACGCCUCAGUUUAGAACUGAGUUCAGUUAAGCAAUUAGCAAGGUGGGUGAUACACAGAAAGGGGUACUCUUUACAACCCUGUGGAUAUUUCAGACUCAGAAUUGCUUUCUCCACACCUUAAACCAGAGCUACAGUAGAACAAAAAAGACCCAAAUUCCAAAACAUUAUUAUUAACAUCAACAGUACUAUUAGAAUUAUAACAUUAUUAUUAUUUAUUAUUAUCAUCAUCAUUAUUAUCUAGUGUUGGUGUUGGUUUUGUUGCUGUUAUUUAGAAGAAUAGAUCAGAAAAUCACCUGUGUCAGGGUUCACAGUCUUGAUUUUAUUGCUUUGUUGCGAGAAGAGAGACAUCCACUGAUCUCUCUAUAGUGAGAGCAUUUAACAUAAACUCAAUCUUUUUCCCCAAGGACCAAAUGGUAACUUGCUUAUUAACACUACAACAGAUGAAGCUCCUAGCUUCUUGUUUUUCACUUUUGUGAAAACAACGCAUUGAUGAUGCUGUGUCUUGAUUUAAAAGCAAGGGCAUGGACUCUCAGGUCAGCUGCAAGUGAUGGUUUUCUGUGCUUACCCUUUGUAGUACACUCUAGGAGAAUCACUCCCCAUGUUUGAAACUCUCUGCGGAUUUUUGUAAACAGUCUGAUCUCAUUUCCAAACAGCUGUUCCUCCCCAUGUAUUGUCUGAGAGAUGUCUUGAUUAAAGAGUUUAAUCAACUGUAAUGAAUUAAAGAACAAGCAAGUAAUAAAGUUUUAUUUCUCCAGA